GAUGUUCGCUCUAUCUUUUUUUGUCCUCGUUCCGAAGAAAAAGUCGGAGAGCGAGACAAUUCCAGCACGACAUGAGCGCAGACAAAGUGUCCGAGGAAUCUGUGAGUGCCUGGGAUAAGGCUAAGCCGGCAUUUAACCACAAACCGGCCAGCGGGUUCUACGACCCGUGUCAGGAUUUCGCAGACCGGAGCAUCAAAUGCAUGCGGCGAAAUGGGAACGAUAGGACGAUGUGUAGCGAUUACUUUCAGGCGUAUCGCGAUUGCAAAAAGGAAUGGAUGAUCCAGCGGAAGAAGAGUGCUUAGAACCUGCUGCCCUCCCCGAUAUGCGCCAAUAGAAAAAAAAAAUAUAGAACGAGAGAACAAAAGAGGCAACCCUCUAGGGAUGGGCGGGAGGAUCUUAACCAAAUUGUCAAGCUCCGCACGAAGCGACCUGUAACGAAUCAUGAUAAACAUGCACACAUAGACACACACGACACACACCAGUAUACCCGCAGUAUACGACUGAGGAUGGGAUGGAGAGAGCGCGAAGUGUCACCUUCCAAUGAGACCGACAUUGUCACUCGUGUAACAUUAUAUCAACUAUUUAGAGUGGAGAAUUGGACUUGAGGACACAGGAAAUGGCACAUGCAACAUAAGGUGGUGACUGUUUCGGUUUCCCUAGAUAGUUCAAGUCAAUCGUCUGCUUGAUAUAUGAUUUUGUGAUGCAAAUCUCGGAUUUUCCGAGCUGCCAGCAGGCUUGAAAAGUAUAUAUCUAUAGAAAAUCUUUCUCUGAAGUCCUUAAAUGGUAUCAGAUUUGUAAGAUGCAUAAACUAUGUCAUCCUUCGACGUGAAUGAUGAGGCCUGAACUGGUCAGGUUACAUGGACAGCAGCGUACUGCCCAUUUACUAUCUCCUACGUUGAUCCUCUUGUAUUCUCUACGUUGUGUAAUCUGCCCCAAGUUAGGAGUCAAGCCCUGUCAGGGCUUCACUUUUUCCCCCUACCCCUUGUACUUCAGC